AUGGCAAUUCACUACCUGAUCCUGCUCUCCCGCCAGGGCAAAGUGCGCCUCGCAAAGUGGUUCACCACCCUUUCGCCCAAGGAGAAGGCCAAGAUUAUCAAGGAUGUGACUCAACUCGUGCUGUCCCGCCGGACGCGGAUGUGCAAUUUCCUUGAGUACAAAGACACCAAAGUCGUCUACCGCCGAUAUGCCUCUCUCUUCUUCAUCGCCGGAUGCGCCUCGACUGAUAACGAGCUGAUCACCCUUGAAAUCGUGCACCGAUACGUCGAGCAGAUGGACAAGUAUUACGGCAACGUAUGCGAGCUGGACAUCAUUUUUAAUUUCCAGAAGGCGUACUUCAUCCUGGAUGAACUGUUGCUGGCGGGCGAGAUGCAGGAGAGCAGCAAGAAGAACGUGCUGAGGUGUAUUAGCCAGCAGGACAGUUUGGAGGAUAUGGAGGUUGAGGAAGAUGUGGUUACGAAGAUCAUGUAGGAGCGUCAUCAGUGAUACGCUUCUGUUUCUAUAAUUGGUUUGCUUCGUGGGCUUGCAAGGACUUUUUAUUGGCGUUCGGACGUAUAUAGGCGUUGA